CUUAGAUGAAUUAAGCCCUAAGAUUUUUGCUGUAUUUUGGUUUAUAGACAGGAGCCAGCGUCUACCUUAGAGUUAGACUACAGUUUGGAAAUCACGAGUCCCUUGCCGAGUGCGGCGUCGUGCAUCACCAGACACAUGGAAACUUUGGUAGGUUUGACGGCGCCACUCCGACUCCUCCCGCAAAGGGAGGCCCUUCCAGUACCAGCGACGGGCAACCGCCGGGAAACACACAUCGUUGGGAAAAGCCCAGUCGCGGUCGACCCGCCAACAAAACGGGCCGAUGUCUCGGGAGAGUGCCAAACUCGGGAGAUAACCACCAGGUUCAAGCGAGCAACGAGGCGAGGCUGCUCAUUAUCGAAUCUAGAGUCGGUUGGUGCUCCGUGCCGCGUUCACGAUAGAUUAAUGGCGCCUGUCUUCGAGUUACAUAACGUGUAUUCGCCUGCUGCUCGAGAGAUGUUGCCUGCUAGAUGGUGCAGGUCGCGUCUCGCAAGGUCCUUCGAGUGGUCUGGGAUUCUGCAUCCCGAAGGUCCCCAUAGUGUUGCAGAUGUUGGCAAUGAUGGGGAACAGGUACAUGAGACACACGAAUAUUGGACAAGCCGCGGCCUGCAUCAUCUUGCAGCUGGGGCGCGUAAACGAUGCACAGCAUAGUCAAUGGGGAAUCGAGUGGUG